CGCUUCAUCGUCACCAUCCCCCAGCCGCCCUCUGCAAUCGCUAUCGAUCGACAGCAAGUCGAGAAGAACAGUGUAGACGGUUCGCAGUGCUCUCAAUGGCGUCAAAACCGCAUAUCUCAACUAUUCGUUGCAUCUCAUGCCAGAUGUCAGUCAUCGCAUGUCUGUUGAAUGAAGCUCGUCACCUCUUGCCCUUCUGCUUGGCUCGUUUCUUGCCAUUGAGCCGAAGCCGGAAAGCGGGCCGCCUCAACGCGCGUGGGCCAGCCUCUCACCUAUCUUGCUUCCCAUCUUUCCAUCACUCCUCGCCAGCAUCAAGAUGGCAACAACGACCUCUCCCGUCAGCGUAUGGUCAUUGCUCCCUGUCGACAUCGCAGAGACCAUCCUGCAACUCGCGGCCACUGGCCAUCCACCUACGGCCCGGGCCCUCGCCCUCACUUCCAAAGAGCCAUGCGCUUUUUCGUCACUCUGAUCCAUUCGCCGUCGAAGAAGUCGCCCACCCGACAGCAAAUCAAGACCAGUCCAAUGCAUCGCAUUCUCAAUGAUCUGGGCAAAAAUCCGCUCCUUUCCAGGCCAGACAAAGCUACAACUCUUCUUCGCAAUCUGUACAUGGAGCUCAGCGAUUACAAUGAGACGAUCUGGCAUAGCUUC